UUCAAAGUUUGUAGGUUAUGUGAUAUGUGAUGUUAUCUCUCAGUUUUUUAUAAACAACUUUAAUUCACCAAAAAAAUUAACAAAUAUUUUUAUAAUAAGCCUUUAAAAAUGGUAUUUUACUUCGAGAGUAACAUAGUCAAACCUCCCGCGCUCCUGUACAUGGGUAUAGAUAAGCACGAAAAUGAAGAACUGAUAAGAUGGGGCUGGCCAGAGGACGUCUGGUUUCAUGUUGACCAAGUCUCUUCCGCCCACGUAUACCUUAGACUAAAACCAGGUCAAACAAUAGAUGACAUUCCUUCGGCGGUUAUAGAAGAUGCCGCCCAACUGGUAAAAGCAAACAGCAUAAUGGGCAACAAAAUGAACGACGUAGGGGUGGUUUAUACGAUGUGGGCCAAUCUGAAAAAAACCGCGGGCAUGGAGGUGGGUCAGGUGGGGUUCCAUAAAGAAAGUGAAGUGCGGAAAAUUAAGGUCGCCAAGAGGAUAAAUGAUAUUGUUAAUCGGUUGAAUAAGACUAAAAGGGAAGAACAUCCAGAUUUUAGAGCAGAAAGAGAAAAAAGGGAUAGACUAGAAAGAGAGGACAAAAAAAAAGUUAUUAGGGAACAAAAAAAGAAAGAAGAGGAUGAAGAGAAAAAACGAAAAGAAGAUGCUGAAUUACGAAGCUACAAUUCCCUUAUGAGCACUGACAAUAUGAAUAAAUAUGAUGAUGGAAAUGACUCUGAUGAUUUCAUGUAACUCUCAAGGAAAAUAAAAAGAUUAACUCUGA